AUGGCGAGCUGGAAGGCCCUCUGGGUGCUUGGGGUGGUGCUCUUGCACCUAUGCUCAGGCUCCCGGGCGGCCGUGUUCUUGAGGACCGCCACAAUCACUGGGGACGAGUCGCGGAGCGACUUGGGUCGCAGGCUGCUGCAGGCGCGGCAAGAGACGUGCAAAGAUCCCAGAUGGGGUCCGUUAUGCGGUCGGAACCAGUACCUGCUGCAGCUGGCUGCAGCGACAGACCUGCUGGAGCGGCUGGAGGCGCAGGGAGCGGUGUGGAGCGAGUAUGUUCCCGACGACGCCUGGCUUGUGCUUGCCGCACCCGGUUUUGAAGCAACGGCAGCAGCGGCUGGACACAAUGUGGUGCCGUUUGCGCCGCAUUACAAGGUGUCUCCCGAGUUGCAAGAGGUGCUGUCUGCGGCAAAGCAGGUGCUGCGCGACGCCGGCCUGGCGGCGGCUGGCGACCUGGAGGUGGGCGGCGAGCAGCCUGCCGCUGCUACACCAACUGAUGAGCAGCAGCAGCAGCAGCAGCAGCAGCAGCAGCAGCGCCAGCUGGAGGAGCAGCACUUUUCCCGCAGCCUGGAACUCGGACCCCCGGAAGGCGAAGAGACGGGCGGCGACGAGCAGGAGCGGCGGGAGACGCAGCAGGGGCAGCAGCAGGUGGAGGGAGCGCCGGGCGGGCUCGAGCUCGCGGCGCACGCAGCGGUGCUAGCGCACCCGGUCGUACGCCAGCUGCGCGCCGUGCCGCGCGGCGCCCGCGGCGGCCUCCCGGCGCGGGCGCUCGGGGACAGCGGCAGCGGCGGCAGCGGGCCGGAGGGGCGGGUGCUGGCCGCGGCUGAGGAUUGGGGCCCGCCGCUCGCCGCGCUGGGCACCGCGGGCGGCGCCGCCGCCGGCUGCGGGCCGCUCGCACACGCGGAGGGCACGCGGUCCCUGACCGUGUCGGUCUGCGCGCACGAGCUGGCGGCGGUCGUGGACUGGCUCAGCGCGCAGCCGCAGGCGCACUGGCUUGAGCCGCGCCGCCGCAUGCGGCUGCACAACCGCAUCGCCAGCGCGGUGGCGCAGGGCGCGCUCACGGGCGCGCCCGGCGACGACCCGGCGAGCCCGGGGAUGCACCCGCUGUUCGCCCCUGCAGUCGGCCUCCGCGGGGAGGGGCAGGUGGUGGGCGUCGGCGACAGCGGCCUUGACAUGGACUCGUGCUACUUUUUUGACCCCACGGUCAGCUUCAAGGACAACACGAAGCCCGAGGGCAACCUCGGGAACGUGUUUACCUCGGCCACCCACCGCAAGGUCGCGUACUACAUCGGCCGCUCCGACACCAACAUGCUCGACGGCGUCGGCCACGGCACGCACGUGUGCGGCACGAUCGCGGGGCUGCCGCUCAACACGGCGUCGGACUCGGACGACCCGGCGACCGGGCAGGCGCCGGGGGCGCGGCUCGGAUUCAUAGACCUGUCAUCGGCGGCUGGGAACGACGUUGGCGUGCCCGACGAUCUGAACGCGGACUACUUCCCGAUGGCAUACUCGAGGGGCACACGCAUCCACUCAGGCGAGUAUUCCUGGGGCUCAAGUGUGGCGACAUACGACGAGUCCGCCUCCACAGCCGACAAGUUCCUGUUCGAGCACCCAGACUUCCUCGCUGUCUUUGCAGCGGGCAACUACGGCAGCAACCAGGACCUGCCCACCACGGUGACGUCACCGGCCACUGCCAAGAACGGUGUCGCGGUCGGCGCGACCAUGUCGUGGCGGCGGCAGUACAGCCGGCGGCUGGGCGCGCCCGUCGCCAACGUGCGGCUCGAGAUUAUGAACGCGCCCGACGCCCCCCAGGGCAGCGACACGCUGACUCUGAACUGGCGCGUCGUCGGCACUGAUUGGGGCCCGCAGUUCGACUCGAUUUUCGGGCGGCGCCUGCUGCUCGCCGGCGCGACCGACGGCGGCGCGGCGUGCACGCCGGGGUCGGCCGAGGCGGCGCGCGGCGGCGUGCUCGUCGCGAUCCGGUCGGCGGGCUGCAACCUCGCGACCAAGAUCCAGACAGCCUCGGCCGGCGGCGCGCUUGCGCUGCUGCUCGCCACGCGGCAGGAGAGCGGCUACCAGAUCAUCCCGCGCGACGGCGCGCCCGACCUGCUGCCCGUCGGCGGCAUCCCGCUGUCGAUGGCGCAGCAGCUGCGGCAGUACGUCGCCGUCGGCACCAACACCGCGUACGUAACCUUCAGCAAGCACGAGGUCUGCGACUGCCCGUCUUUCGAGGACAUCGCCUCGUACUCCUCGUUCGGCCCGACCUCGGACCGCCGCUUCAAGCCCGACAUAGUCGCGCCCGGCGACCUGACCUCAGCCUACUCCGACGGGCAGUACACCGGCGCGAUCGACUCGUGCCGCACGAUGCGCAAGCAGGGAACGUCCAUGGCAACGCCGGUGGUGGCCGGCAGCGCGGCGCUGGCGCGGCAGUACUUCAUGGCGGGGUUCUACCCGUCUGGCAGCAAGGGCGCGGGCGUCGCGUUCACGCCGUCGGGGGUGCUGCUGAAGGCGGCGCUGGUGGGGGGCACCAGCGAGAUGCUGGGGUACACAGAGCUGAGCCUGCCGCUGGAGCCCUCCCCAAGCUUCCGCCAGGGCUUUGGCCGCCUGAACCUCACGCGCGCCAUCCCGGUCAGCGGCGUGUCCCCUGCGGGCUGGCGCAUCCAGGUUAUCGACCUGGCUGGCUUGAAUGAGGGCGAAACCCACAGGUACUGCAUCACUGUCACCGGCCCGACCACCAUCACGCUCACCUGGUACGUGGCUGCGCCCGUGCUCGCGCCCGGGGUUGCGGCCACCGCAGCUCCCUGGUACGACUGGCCUGCGUCACCCGCGGCGGGGGUUACCCUGCAGAACGAUCUUGACCUGGUGGUUACACCCUCGCGCGCGCAAGGCCUGAAGCUGCGCGGCAACGGGUGGCACGACAACCUCAACACGGUCGAGCGCGUGAAAGACAUCCCCCUGGGCCCUGCCCAGAUUGAGGUGUCGGGGGCCCGCGUCAUCGCCAAGGCGGGGACACAGAAGUAUGCUUUGGUGGUGCAAGGCCGCUUUGACGGCGUGCUUGCGUCUUCAGACGGCAAGAACCCAGACCCAGCCGCCAGGGACGCGGCGCGCGACUGCCCCGCGCCGGUGCCCGCACCGCCGGCCGCGACAUCCGCGCCCAUCGUCAUUGGAGGGGCGGCGCCCGCCGCGACCGCCGCUGCCGCAGCGACAGCCACACCAGACGUCAAGGCGGCCGUGCCGCCGGCGGCGGUCGUACCACCAGCGGCGGCCGUGCCGCCUGCGGCCGUCGUGCCGCCGGCGGCUGCAGUGCCGCCAGCGGCCGUGCCCCCUGCGGCUGUGCCGCCAGCGGCCGUGCCCCCUGCGGCUGUGCCGCCAGCGGCCGUGCCGCCAGCGGCCGUGCCGCCAGCGGCCGUGCCGCCAGCGGCCGUGCCGCCAGAUGCGCAGCCGGUGCCGAUACAGAUCCAGACACAGCCUGCACCCGUGCCGGUUGCGCCUGUGCCCGUGCCAGCAGCGCCCGUGCCGGUAGCGCCGGUGGCUGUGCCGUCGGCGCCCGUGCGGGCGGCGCCCGGGGCCAAUCCAGACGCGGUGAACCAGCUGCUGGCAGGGAUGGGCGCCAAAGGGUCUGCCCCCGGCGCCGCCGCCCCCGCCAAGCCCGUGCUGCAAUCGCAGCCGGUGCCGUUGGCGGUGCAGCAGCCCGCCGCGGCGCAGGCGCUGCUGCCGGUGGUGCCGGCAAGCCAGCCCGCAGAUUCAACAGCGGCGGGCCAGCUGGUCAACGCCAUGCAGGGCGGCGACGGCCAGCCAGGCCAGCGCAGGGGCCUGGCCGAAGGCCCGCAGCCUAUGGCCGUGCUGCGCGCCGACGACGGCGGCGCGGCGGCGGCGGCGCAGGCUCAGCCCCAAGGCGGUGGCGUGGCGGAGGCUGCAGAAGCGUUGCUCGCCGCCGCCGCAGACGCGGCCGAGGUGGCGAGCGAGGCGGCCGCGGAUGCGUGGCUGUGGGGCUCUGAGUUUUGGGAGGACCUCCCCCGCGGCGCCGCCACCGCCGCCGCCGUCGUGCUCGCCGCUGCCGCCCUCGCC